AUGUACAAGCACAUUUUGUACGGCCUUAGCGGGGCGUUGAGCGGGUGGGUAUUAAGAGACCUGGUGAUCUGCUUAUCAAGUAACCUGAGUUUAUCAAACGGAAUGCUUAUAAACAAAUUUAUUUGCAGCAAGGAUGAUUUCGUAAAAAACAUUCUGCCCGAACUCAAAUACUGUUUCGAUUCACUUGAGUUAAAAAAGGGAUUCAAUGAUUAUCAUAUAUAUACAAAAGAAAAUGAACACUUUAUGGAAACCCUAUAUAUAGAAAAAUGGAACAAUACAAAAAAUAUGAAUGAGCAUUUGUAUAGUGAGUCUAGUAAAAAGAAUUUACAUUACUUGAAAAAAAAUAACAUUUUGUUUUCUCCCUCCCUCUUUGUUUUGCUAAGACAGUAUCCAGGGCGUGAUACGCCGGCCUACUUGAAGAGUUACUUCGAGUAA